AUGUUUGACAUGGAAUAUGUAAGUUAUGACACUCUUUCUUUCGUAAUUACUAUAAGUUUAAAAAAUUUUAAAAAGUUUCAAAAUGAGUUUUUUAAGCAUAAAUAGAAGCAAAUAUUCAGAAAAUAUCAUAUUUUAACAUGUCCACUGCAUUUUUAAGUUUGAAAAAACUUAUGGAUAUAUAAACUUCACAAUUGUCAGAUCACAUCCCGCCACAAAGACUUCUACAACGAAGGUCACACUCGAUCGCUUCAAUUCCGUCUAGUCCAGCUAGGCAAACUAAAACAACUGAUCGAAAACAAUGAACAAGCUCUAUGCCAAGCCGUCUACCAGGACUUACGACGAGACUAUGGCUUCACAAAGCAGCUUGAAUUGACAUUAUGUAUCACUGAAAUUGAUCACUUCAUCAAAAACCUAAAGCAAUGGAUGGAACCAGAAAAAGUGGAGAAAACGGUACUAAAUGCACUAGACGAACUCUCAAUCGUCAAAGACCCGUAUGGUACUGUGCUGUUGAUGAGUACGUGGAAUUUCCCUGCUUUGAUGUGCUUCUUCCCAUUGAUUCCGAUCAUUGCUGCUGGCAAUACUGUGGUUUUGAAAUGUUCGGAGAAUGCACCAGCUACUUCAGAGCUGGUCAAGAAGUUGAUUCCACAGUAUUUUGAAUUGGUAAGGUUAAAUUUUAAAUUUUUUGAGUAAAUAAUUUAUUUUUAACUUCCUUUGUUACAGGACUUCAUAACAGUAGUAACAGGCGGCCCAGAUGUUGCAGCCAAAGUGCUGGAAUACAAGUUUGACAAGAUUAUGUACACUGGAAGCCAUAAAAUUGGAAAAAUUAUAAUGGAGGCAGCUUCUAAACAUCUCACACCUUGUGUUUUGGAACUUGGAGGAAAAUGGUGGGUUAUUUAUUGCUUUGAAUAAAAAGUUAAAAUACAUAAUUAUUUUAAUGUUUAAAAUUUUUUUUGGGUUUUCAUUUAAAAAACAGUAUUUUUUGUAAAAAUUGAAGUUUUUUGAAAGUUUAUCAUCAUAAUUACUGAUUGGCACUUUUUAAAAAGGUAAAAUACGGUAGCACAAACUAUAAAUAUGUAACUGAAAAAACUUUGUAAACGUUUUUACAUUUUAAAAAAGAAUUAAAACAUAUUUUCUCUACCGGGGUUUGAACCAACGUUCUUUUGCACGUUAGUCUAACCCCUUAUCCACUGCGCUUCGAAAGCAAAUAUUAAAAUAUUGUCAGAAAAACAAUAAAAACAGUACUAUUAGUACCAUUAUCUUAUUCUGGCGUUAAGAAUUUUUAUAGACUAAAAAACUUAAAUUUCAGUCCAGUAGUAGUGCUACCAGACUGCGAUGUAGCCAUAGCGGCAAGGCGGAUUGUUUGGGGAAAACUACUCAAUGUUGGUCAAGUUUGCAUCACAGCAGACUAUCUACUGGUGCAUCCUGACAUUCUUGACCAGUUUUUGCUUGAGCUGAACAAGUCCGUCAUUGAGUACUAUGGAGAUGAAGUACAGAAAAGCAAGGAUUACUGUAGGAUUAUCAAUGAACUUCAUUUUAAGUGAGUUUUUGUAUAUAAAAAUAUCAAAAAAUGGCGUUUUGAUGUAAAGGAGACUCUAAAAUUACCUAAAUUUUGAGUUAAAAUGCCAUUAAAAUUUUUUUCAAAUUUCAAAAUUUUAAACUUUCAGCCGCCUAAACGACCUUCUAAUGUCAUCCAAGGGCCAUAUAGCGUUACAAUACGGUAAACCAAACCGAGAGGACCUUUAUUUCCCACCGACUGUAGUCCAAAUAGGCCCAAAUGAUCCACUAAUGGGAGAAGAGAUCUUUGGUCCUAUCAUUCCCAUCUUGUCAGUCCAAUCACUUGAUGAUGCUAUCAGAUUUAUCAACUCAAGGCCGGCUCCAUUGGCUGCUUACGUCUUUUCAAAAAGCCAGAAAUAUAUUGACCAGUUUAUACAUAAAAUACCCUCAGGGGCUAUUGUGGCUAAUGAUCUAAUGAUACACUUCUUUGGUAGGUUAUGAAUUGAUUUUAGUUUUGUAAAAUACGUGCAAUCAGCUUCUAGUAGUAUAAUGUAAUAGCCAUUAUAUCUAAGAAGCUGGUAAACUAUCAGCCUAAAAAUUUAUUUUGUAAAAUGUCAUAGUGAACAGUCUCUUGAGUGUCAUAAUAAAGAGCUUUGAUUGUAUAUAAAACUCAAGAAAUAUAAUAAUACUGAUAACGAUAAAACCAAAUAACUUUUGUUCAAUUUCAGCUGACACAUUGCCAUUUGGAGGCCGUGGUAACUCCGGCAUGGGUGCAUAUCGUGGAAAAUUCGGCUUCGAUGAGUUUACACAUUCAAAAUCAGUGAUUAAGAAGGGAUACUUCGCUGAAAGCUUGGCUGAGUAAGCGUCUUUACUUUUAUUUUUUGAUGACUUUCUGAAGUAUCGAUAUAAGCAACAAGGACUUCUUAUGUUAGCUAUAUUACAGGUUCUUCGUUUACUUUAUCUUUCUUUCUCUUACUUUAUAAGAACGCAGCUUUUUUUAAAUUUAUUAACUUGUUCAUAUAAGACUGUGCCCCCUCUCAAAGCAACUUUUCAGCGUUAGGCGGCACAGAAUUAUUUGAACAACUUGAUAUAUAAGUAAAACACUUUUUUUCCAGUAAAUCAGAUUAAAAACCACCUUUCAGAAGCCGCUACCCACCGUACGACAAAUCAAAAUACAGAAGACUGGCUUUCGUAAUGACUAGAAGAGAUUACCCUCCGGCUCUCUUCAAGUUGAUUGGCAGAAACUGGUUUACCGUGGUCCUUAGUAUGGCAAUCGGAGUGUUGAUGCACAAAUUUAAAGAAUAUAUUCCUUUUAUGAGGUACUUUUAG